AUGGUUCUUGAAGCUACUAUGAUAGCCAUUGAUAACUCAGAAUAUAUGAGAAAUGGUGACUAUUUAACUUCAAGAUAUGAUGCACAAUUAACUUCUACAGAAUUUAUUUUUCAAAAUAAAGUCAAUUCAAAUCCUGAAAAUACUGUUGGAUUAUUAGCAUAUGGAGGUUCAGGACCACAAGUAUUGAGUACAUUAACUACAGAUUUUGGGAAAAUAUUAUCAGGAGUUCAUGAAACCAAGAUAUCUGGAGAAAAUAAUUUUAGUAAUGGAAUACAAGUUGCAGCAUUAGCUUUAAAACAUCGUCAAAAUAAAGUACAACAACAAAGAAUUAUAAUAUUUGUGGGGUCACCAGUAAAAGAAUCAGAUAAAGAAUUGGAAAAAUUGGCCAAAAAAAUGAAAAAGAAUAAUGUUGCAAUUGAUAUUAUAAAUUUUGGAGAAGAGUCAAUAAAUACAAGUAAAUUAGAAAAAUUUCAUUCAAUAAUAAAUAAUCAUGAUAAUUCACAUUUAGUUACAAUACCUCCAGGUCCAAGACUAUUAUAUGAAGUUAUUGCAUCAUCACCAAUAUUAAUGGAAGAAGGAGCAUUCGGUUCAGGAAAUGAUAUGGAUUUCUUUGGUGGUUCAGGAGUUGCUGGUGCUGGAGAUAUAAUUGAUCCCAAUAUGGAUCCAGAUUUAGCAUUAGCUUUAAGAUUAUCAUUAGAAGAAGAGAAAGCAAGACAGGAAAGAGAAGCUGUUGAUAAAGCUAAAGAAGCAGGUAAUGGUGAAACUUUAGAGCCAAUUAACGAAGAUAAAAAGGAAGAGGAUAAAAAAGAUGAUGGAGACAAAGAUGUGAAAAUGGAAGAUGCUAAAUAG